CGUGCGGCAGAAUUUGAGAGUGAUUCCGUCAUUACAUUUUUCCUUGGAAUAUUUCUCUUUUUUUUGGUGAAUCUGGGUGUGAAAUUGCGAAAAUAGGUGGAAUUCCACAUCAAAGUGUGUAAGGUGUGCAUGUAAAGUGCAGUGGCAGUGGAAAUCCCGCUGCCGGAAUCAUUUUCCACCAGGCCAUGCAUGACGCCUUUGGGUAACCGUGGCUGAGACAAUGAGUUGGUUUGACACCGCGGGCCUGGCCAAUCUGGCCAAGACGGCCCUGAAGGAGGCCCAGAAGCAGAUUGACAAAGCACUGGAUAUCAAGGAUGACGACGUCAGAGCGGAAUUGACGACGGACAAGCCUAAAGCCUCCUCUCCGCUGGUGCUUAGCGACAAAGGGAAGAAGACGGCGGGUGGCAAGGGCGAGGGGGCGAGCAGAACCGCCCCUACAACGCCUUCCAUUGGCAAUGUUAAGGAUUCCGCGAGUUUUUGGGGCUCCUUCAGUGGGUCAUUUUUCGAUGCACCAGGCCAGGAGGUGCAAGAAACGGUGACCACACCACCGACGAGUACUCAUAAAUUUCCACUAAGAGAUGAACACACGUCGGAGAGUGAAAUUGGUGUGAUCAGUCGGGAUGGUGGCAGUUCUGACUCGGUGGAACUGAUCAGCUCUCCAGGAUCAACUGGAAACACUAUGGGACAGUCGGAUUCGGUGGAAGUGCUGGGAAUGGACACUCCGAGUGAAGCUUCUUCGAUAUUUGUCGUGGCAUCGAAUGUCACAACGCCGAGUUCUGAGAUCCGAGAGAGUGUUCUCAAGAUAAUCCCAGUGGAGGGUACAGAUGUGAGUGAAGAAGAGGUGAGCGUGGAUGAGGACUCGAUGUCCUAUAACACUGUGUCAGAUAGUCUGGCUGUGACGGUUUUGGAGCCCACAGACAAGACAGAUUCGGCCAUUAUCACCGUUCCUCCAAGCCGCCAGAGUUUUCAUCUCAGUCUGUCGUCCACAAGCAGCAAGCUAAUGUUGUCGGAGGGGAGUACUUGUGACACAGAGGACUCCAAUGAAUCAGAGCAGACAGUCACAUUGGGUGAGGAGAAGGCCUCGACUAGUCUGGUGAGCACGGCUCUCGAGGACGCAGCAAUUGAGAAUUAUGAGAUGCAAACGGAGUUCUCAGACUCUACACAGAGCUUCGAAGAAGUACUGCCGAUGACGCAGAAGAGUAUGUCUGAGCCUUCCAGGAAAUCCUCUUCGAGACAGUCAUCUAACAGUUCAGACGGGAAGGGAGAAUUGGUGAAAUUGCCCGGAGAUCAGACAUCUGGACACACGUCAGGUGACGAAGUGGAGACCACAACGUCGUCAGAUAUUGAAAUCAUUUCGAAUCCAAAUGGGGAUUCGAGUAGCACAAACAGCGUCUAUCGAGCGAGUCCUAUGAAGGACACGGUUGUGAAGUACCACACGGAUUUCGCGGGCGUGAAAAUUAAAGGCCACUGCAGGGAAGCAUCAGCAGCGUCAUCCCAGAGCGUGGGCAGUGACGAAUUGACAAAUCCCUCGGAAAUUGAGAAAUUGCAGCGGAGAGUCAGCGAAUUGAGUGAAUUGCUGGAAAAGAGGGAGUAUAAAUUGGUGGAGCUUGGACGACAAAAUGCUGAACUUCAAGAGAAGAACGCUGAGAUCCUGGCGCAGACAAGCAAAAGUCAGUACAGGCCUGACAGUGUAGACAUCAGCAAUGUCACUGAGGAGUACACGCAGCGUUUGUCGGCCUUGGAAAAGAAAUUUCAGCAGUCUAUUCGGGAGAGAGACACUCUCAGGGAUCAAGUGAAGGGCCUGAAGCAAGAUCUCGGCGGUUGCAUCCCAAAGGCAGAGGCGGAGAAGAGAAUUGCUGAGAAGGAGUCAAUUGCUGAUGAGUUAAAGGUGGAGGGAGAGAAGUUAUCCAGGCAGAUCUUACAGCAUUCCAACAUUACCAAAAAACUGAGGGCAAAGGAGAAGGAAAUGGAUGAAUUGGUGAAGAAUCAGAAAGAGCAAAUUGAGGAACAUCAGGAGGAGCUUGAGAGACUUAAGAAGUCUCUGUCAGCCAAGGAGGAAGUGGAGAGAUCCCAAAUUGAGGCGGUGCAUCGAUUGUCUUCCGAAAAGAGAAAGCUUGAGAAGGAGAAUGGACAAUUGAAGAGUGAAUUGGAUGACACAACGCAGAAACUGAAGACUGUCCAGACGUCCCUUGAGGCUGCCAAGACGGAGCUGACAGAGAAGAGGAGUGCAUUUUCUGAACUCAAACGAAAAACAGAGAGUUUGGAGACUCUGACAUCAGAGAAGCAACUUCAGCAGUCACAGAACAAUCAGAUGGUGAGGGAAUUGGAGGAUUUGAGGGAGAAGUUGCGGCUAGCGGAUGCGGCGAAUACGCAGAGGGAGCAGAAAUUGCGAGAGGAGAACACAGAUCUUAUGCGACGUCUUGAAGAGUCUGAUCGGCGAGCUGAAGAGCAGGCUCAGGCGCUGUCGACUGCCACAAUUCCGCUGGUGCAGCAGCUCGAGUCUCUGCAGAAGACUCUUAACACUCGCACGGCCACGUGGGAGAGGCAGGAGCAGAAAUUGUUGGAGAAACUGGAGACUCUGCAGAACAUUGAGACUACUUCGACGGAAGAGACCACCAGACUCAGGGCAACUGUGAAGAGACUGGAGGAGCAACUGUCUGCGAGUCUUCUGGAGUCUAGUCGAGUGAGUACGACUCUAGAGGAGAAGGAGAUUGCCAAUGCGCUGAAGGUGAGCGAGCUGACACGGAGAGUGCAGAGUCUUGAGAAGGACUCAGAGUCUCUGAGGGAGAACAACAGCGUGAUGGAGAGGCAACUACAGACUGAGAGGGAGAAUCUUCAGGUGGAGAAGAGGAGAGUGAAUAAACUAAUGCAGGAAUUGCAGACGAAGCAACUGAUGGCCAAGGAUGAUGUGCCUGAUGCAGAGCAUUCAACCACUCGCCAUGAGCUCGGCGGACAGACGUCUCCAGCCCUGAGCCUUGAGAGGGUGUCUCUGGACGAGUCCGUGAGCAGCAACGCCUGGCAAUUCCAGGAAGAUGUGGAGUGCAUGUCCAACGCUGGUCGUCCAUCCGGAGGAUCAUUCUACGGAGGUGGAGUUUACACUCUGGGAGGACACACUUCCGUGCUGGAGAACCUCCAGUCCACGCUGAAGCAGAGGGAUGGGGAAUUGUAUCAGCUGCAGUGGGAACUGUCCCGUUCCCAAACCGAGAAGGGCGAAUUGAUCAACGAAAUCUCUGAUAUGACUGUUCAAAUUGAGAAUAUGGAAUCCCAGCUGGAGAACACAAGGAGCAUGGAAGAGCGUUUCGUGGAGUUGCGGACACAGUAUGAUGCCCUCCUUGAGAUGUACGGAGAGAAGGAAGAAGAAGCCCAAGAGUUGCGCCUGGAUUUGCAGGACGUAAAGGAGAUGUAUAAAGUGCAGAUAGACGAUUUGCUGAGGCAGCAAAAGAGUUCAUCCUAAUCUUUUGUUAUUAUUUUCCUUUAUUUUAUUCGAGGAGACACGAAAAGUCCCUCAACAUUGCGCGAGUCAUUGUGAUCAUUACUAACUACCCUAGAAUAUUCAAGUAUUGAAAUAUUAUAUACAUGCAUAGAUCUUAUUGUAGUAAA